GUCCCCCCCCCCCCCAGUCUGCACCGGCACCGACAUGAAGCUGCUGCGACCCUCCAGCCCCGAGAGCCACUACGAGACCCUGCGGCACCUCUACCAGGGCUGCCAGGUGGUCCAGGGCAACCUGGAGCUCACCUACCUGCCCCCCGACGCCGACACCGCCUUCCUCAAGGACAUCAAGGAGGUGCAGGGGUACGUGCUGAUCGCGGAGAACCAGGUGAGGGGGCUGGAGCUGCAGAGCCUGCGCAUCAUCCGCGGGACGCAGCUCUUCCAGGACCGCUACGCCCUGGCCGUGGUGGGCAACGCCGGCCCCGCCGGCACCCCGGGGCUGCUCCAGCUCGGCAUGAGGCACCUCACAGAGAUCCUGAAGGGAGGGGUGCACAUCGAGAGGAACCCCCAGCUGUGCUUCCAGGAGACCAUCCUGUGGAGCGACAUCCUGCACCGGCACAACGAGUUCCGGGGCGAGAUCCGCGUGGAGAGCACCCGCAGCCGCAGCUGUCCCGACUGCCGGGCGCUGUGCUCUGAGGGGCACUGCUGGGGUGAGGGCCCACGGGACUGCCAGACCU